UUCCUCAGAGGUGCUCACCCUUGAUCCUCAGGCUUAGUUCAAAGGCCCCCAGGGAGCUCCGCAAGGACCUGAAGGCGUGGCUCUGGCUUUGGAGGGAGGAGGGCUGCAGGGUGCCCUGGUCAACUUUCCCAGGCAGACAAAUCGGUCUCUUCCUCCCUCCCGGCUGCCCCCAGCCCUGAGCUGGAGCUGUCCUCUGAGAAGCACUGACUCUCCUAGGUCUUCACUGCCCCUGGGCUUCAGGCGAACGGGGAGGCUGUGUGCAUAUGUGAGGAGUCUUGGGAGCCACAGGCUCUAGCAGAGUGUAACGGAGAUUUCAGCUGUCUCAGCAGGAGUCCAAGCCAUCCCUGCUGUCUCCCCAGGCAAGGCUCCAGGCUCUCAGCCACUGCCUGAAGAGCCAUGAAGAAGCGGCACACACUGCUGGCCCUGCUGGCCGUGGCCUUGGUCUUGCUCCUCAUCGUUGGACUUUGCAUCUGGCUGCCCUCCUCCAAGCCACCCAGCCACGUGUACCCCAGAGCAGCGGUGGCCGCAGAUGCCAAGCAGUGCUCAGAGAUCGGGAGGGAUGUGCUCCAGGAGGGCGGCUCGGCGGUGGAUGCGGCCAUAGCGGCCCUGCUGUGCGUAGGACUCUUGAAUGCCCACAGCAUGGGCAUCGGGGGUGGCCUGUUCUUCACCAUCUACAAUAGCACCACACGAAAAGCAGAGGUCAUCAAUGCUCGAGAGGUGGCCCCAAGGCUGGCCACCCAAAACAUGUUCAACAGCUCAGACCUGGCACAGGAAGGGGGCCUGUCGGUGGCGGUUCCUGGGGAGAUCCGUGGCUAUGAGCUAGCACACCAGCGGCAUGGACGGCUGCCCUGGGCCCGCCUCUUUCAGCCCAGCAUCCAGCUGGCCCGCCAUGGCUUCCCUGUGGGCAAGGGCUUGGCAGCAGCACUGAAGUCCAAAGAGGAUGUCAUCCAGCGGGUGCCAGCACUGUGUGAGGUAUUCUGCAAGAAUGGGAAGAUCCUACAAGAGGGGGACACAGUGACUAUGCCAAGGCUAGCGGACACGUACCAGACACUGGCUCAGGAGGGCGCCCAGGCCUUCUACAAUGGCAGCCUCACAGCCCAGAUUGUCAAUGACAUCCAGGCAUCUGCAGGUGGCAUUAUAACCACUGAGGACCUGAACAACUACCGUGCUGAGCUCAUUGAGAAUCCCAUGAGCAUCAGCCUCGGGGACCACCAGGUCUACGUGCCCAGUGCCCCCCUCAGUGGGCCGGUGCUGGCCCUCAUCCUCAACAUCCUCAAAGGGUACAACUUCUCCCGGGCAAGUGUGGAGACCACAGAGCAGAAGGGCCUGACCUACCACCGCAUCGUGGAGGCCUUUCGGUUUGCCUAUGCCAAGAGGACCCUGCUUGGGGAUCCCAAGUUUGUCAAUGUGACUGAGGUGAUCCGCAACAUGACUUCCGAGUUCUUCGCCGCCCAGCUCCGGGUCCGGAUCGCUGAUAACACCACAUACCCAGCUUCCUAUUACGAGCCUGAGUACUACCUGCCUGACGAUGGGGGCACCGCACACCUGUCGGUGGUCUCAGAAGAUGGCAGCGCUGUGUCAGCCACCAGCACCAUCAACCUCUAUUUUGGUUCCAAGGUGCUGUCCACAGUCAGUGGGAUCCUGUUCAACAACGAGAUGGAUGACUUCAGCUCCCCCAACAUCACCAACCAGUUUGGGGUACCCCCCUCACCCGCCAAUUUCAUCAGUCCAGGGAAGCAGCCGCUGUCAUCCAUGUGUCCAGCCAUUGUCGUGGACCGGGAGGGCCGGGUCCGCAUGGUGGUGGGAGCUUCCGGAGGCACACAGAUCACCACAUCCACGGCACUGGCCAUCAUCAACAGCCUAUGGUUCGGUUACGACAUCAAGCGGGCAGUGGAGGAGCCCCGACUGCACAACCAGCUUCUGCCCAACACGACCACACUAGAGAAGCACAUCGACCAGGCUGUGAUUGAAGGCCUGAGGACCCGGAACCACUACACGAAGUUCACGUCCACUUUCAUCGCAGUGGUGCAGGCCAUCGUCCCUGCGUCUGGGGGCUGGGCAGCUGCCUCAGAUUCCAGGAAAGGCGGGGAGCCUGCAGGGUACUAAGCACUCAGCUGGCCAGGCUGACCAGUGACCCAAGAAUAAGACGCCCACUGGGGCCAGGAGGGGGAUUUGGGGGGUGGGGGGGGCGUGCUCCUCCUGUGAGUGGCAAAACAGUGCAAUAAAUGGGGCAGCAGUGCCAGGCCCAGGCGGCCAUGUAGGCCUGUCUCCCACAUCCCUGGG